UAAAGGGCCAAUCCCUGUGUUUGGUCUGAGGAUUGACAGCAACCCCUGCCAGGCUGAGCAGGACCCUGGAGAGGCAAGCCCACAGCCUACCCAGUCCCCAGAGCCUGCGGUUGGAGCUACUUCCGGGGGAGUCUGGUGAUAGUGAGGGGUUUGUCGGCCAGACUCACCACACGCUGAGAUCCCAUUAACUUUUCCGUGCAAGCCCAGCCAGACACUCUGCAGCAGCUCUGAUUGAAGCCUCCAGAUGCCCACCGAGCUUCGAGAUCCCAGGAAAAGUGGAGUUGUUGGCAAGAGAACCCGAGAAGUGAAGCCCAGGGGAGACAUGCCCGCUGACAAGAAUGUGCCCCAAAGGUCCCAGGUCCUGGGUCCACAGGAGCAGAAUGGGCCAUGUGAGGGAUUGGUGUCAUUUGAGGACGUGGCCAUGGACUUCAGCAGGGAGGAGUGGCAGCAGCUGGCCCCUGCCCAGAGAUGCCUGUACCGGGACGUGAUGCUAGAGAUCUACAGCCACCUCCUCUCCGUGGAAGGGGCAUUGGGACUUAAAACCUCCCAACAGAAAAUAUUUGAAAAGGCUUCAUUUCACAACGGUAAGGAAAGUGAAGUCACAAGAGGUGGUACGUGGUGUUUCAUUUCAGAAGACCUGUGGGGACACAGUGGCCGUGCAGCGAGGGGUCAGCAGAAGCAAGAUGAACCUGCAUGGCAUGGGGCCUUCCUUGACAGGAAGACACUGGAUAGAGAGAGAGACUGGGAGCGGAAGGACCCGGGAAGAAUCAUUCAUGUGAGGCCUCACCUUGUUUGUUCACAAAGCAGACCUCCUAAACACUGCUCAGUUGCCAGGAGUUUGAAGCCUAAUCCAAACGUGAAUCAUCAGACUCAAAGCAACAGCACAGAACACCUCGGUGAGCUGGCUGGCUCUGGCCGGCUGCUCACCCGUAGCUCUUCCCGGGCCAGCUACAAGCACGUUCAUUCAGGAGAGAACUUCUGCGAAGGGAAUCAACGUCCGAAAGUCCUCAGCCAUAAACAGUCAUGCACGCAGCACCAAAUUCGUAAUCAGGAGAGACCCCAUAAAUGCGUUGAGUGUGGCAGGGGCUUCCCCCAGAAGCCGCCCCUUGAGCAGCAGAGAUUCCAUAGUGUAGAAAACCUCCAGGAGUGCAGCAGAUGUACCAAGGGCUUCACCCUACAACCAAAGCUGGGUGUGUAUCCGACAGCUCACACAGCUAACAUCUGCAAGGAGUGUGGGAAGGUCUUCGUUCAGAGAGCAGAACUGAUGACACACCAGAAAACUCACACGAGAAGGAAGUCCCAUAAAUGCCACGAAUGUGGGAAAGCCUUUUUCCAGACAUUAUCUCUCUUCAGACACCAGAGGACUCACACUAGUGGGAAACUCUACGAAUGCAGUGAAUGUGGGAAAGGCUUCUCCCAGAAUUCAACCCUCGCCAUCCAUCAGAAGAUUCAUACGGGUGAGCGCCAGUACAUGUGCGGUGAAUGCGGGAAGGCCUUCACCCAGAAGUCAACGCUCAGCUUGCACCAGAGAAUCCACUCGGGGGAGAAGUCCUAUGUGUGCAUUGAGUGCGGACAGGCCUUCGUCCAGAAGGCGCACUUGACCGUGCAUCAGAGAGGGCACACCGGAGAGAAACCUUACCCGUGCCACAAUUGUGGGAAAGCCUUCAUUUCCAAGUCACAGCUUGAUAUCCAUCACCGAAUUCAUACCGGGGAGAAGCCUUAUGAAUGUGGUGACUGUGGAAAAGCCUUCACCCAAAAAUCACACCUCAACAUCCACCAGAAAAUUCACACCGGAGAAAGACAACACGUAUGCGGCGACUGUGGGAAAGCCUUCAACCAGAAGUCCAUACUCAGCAUGCAUCAGAGAACUCACACCGGGGAGAAGCCUUACAAAUGUGGCGACUGUGGGAAAGCCUUCACUUCCAAGUCACAGUUCAAGGAGCAUCAGCGGAUUCACACCGGAGAGAAACCCUAUGUGUGCACCAAAUGUGGGAAGGCCUUCAAUGGCAGAUCAAAUUUCCACAAACACCAGAUGACGCACACCAGAGAGAAAACCUUCGCCUGUUACAAAUGUGGGAAUGCCUUUCUCCAGAAAUCUGAGUUGGUGGCACAUCAGAGAACGCAUGUUGGGGAGAAGCCUUAUGAAUGCUAUGACUGUGGGAAAUCCUUCGGCCGGAAACCACAGCUCCAAGUGCAUCAGCGGAUUCACACGGGAGAGAAGCCUUAUGUAUGUUCUCAGUGUGGGAAGGCCUUCAACAACAGAUCCAAUUUUAAUAAACACCAAACAACUCACACUAGAGACAGGUCUUAUUAAAGCAAUUACUGUGUGAAAGGCUUUACCUAGAAAUCAGUUCCUCAUAUGCAUCAGCGUAUACACAAAUGAGACAAACUAAAUUUCUCGAAGAAGAGAAAAAUCUCCCAAGAGUUAGAUUCAGUUGUAGGUUACAGGAUUCAGGAUUCUGAAAAACUCCAGGAACACUGCAUGUUGCAAAGUUGCACAUCAUUUGACGUGAAAGAAAGGACUCAGAAAAUAACAUGAAUUAACAUGAAUGAGGGUAAAUGUCCAUAUUUGUACUAGCCUUGUUAAGGAAUAUGAAACUCAUCUGGGAAGAAACCCUGACUGACACACUGAGAAUUGUGUUCCUCUGGGAAGUACAAGACUUGUACCAGAUGGGUUAUAGGAAAACUUGUGAGAAAUUAAUGGUAAUUCUGUUGAAUUUGGAAUAUCGGUAUUUUCAAAGUACUAGAAACCAGAAUGACCAGACAGUUGUGUGUGUGUGUGUGUGUGUGUGUGUGUGUGUGUGUACACCUACAUAACACUCAGUUCUCUAAUGUUUGCUGUAGGCUUCACUGCAUAGCAGAGGUAUGGGAAGGUUUAUUUGUAAAGGAUGUACCAUAAUUAAGUUUAUCAAAUUUAUUCCCAUUUGAAUAUAUCCUGAGGUUGCACAGUCAGUAACUAUUAGUUUCUUUAUACACACAGGCACAGCUACCUCCUUGUGUCGUGCUUUGCAGAUACCGUGUUUUUACAAAUUGAAUGGUUUGUGGCAUCCCUGUGUCGGGAAGAUCAAUGCUACCUUUCCCCACGGCGUUUGCCCCCAUCAUGUCAGUCACAUGUUGGUUGCUCUUGGGAUAUUUCCAAGUUUUUCAUUAUUAUCCUGUUGAAUGUGGUGAUCUGAGAUGAGUCAUUACAACUCACUGAAGAUUCAAAUGAUGGUUGGGUUUUUUUUUUUUAAGUGUUUUUUAAUAAGGACACACUUUCCUUAGGGGUACCGCUGUUGCACACUUCAUAAACUACCAUGUAGUGCCGACGUGACUCCCACAUGCACCGGGAAACCCAAAAAUUCAUUUGACAUGUUUUAUUGCGACAUUCGCUUUAUUGAGGGGCCUGAAACUACCCGAAGCUGCGGUAUCUCCGAGGUGUGCCUGUCUCGACAUGUGAAUGUACUUUCUUGGUUAAAUGUAUAAAUGGGAUUUUGUAACAUA